CAUGACUUGUAAGAUUCAUUACCAACAACAAUCCCAUCUUGCUGUCCAAGUGUUCUUCCCUUCUUUCUCAGGCCAAUGUACCAUCUUCAUUUCAGAUAAAUCUUAUUUUACUUUUGUCUCGAAAUGAAAGUCUGGUUAUCUGUUCUUUAUGUCAUAGCCAUCCAAACUCAAAUUUAUUUCUGUAUUGGCAAUGUGACUCCCACCCAAAUGCUUGUUUUGCCACUCAUGAUCCAAGAAACCGAAAACAAGCUCAACUUUCAGCAUAAUGUUACUCUCACCGUCUCCCUCUCUGUGGGAACACCCCAGCAGAAUGUCACUAUGGUUUUAGACACCGGCAGUGAGUUGUCAUGGCUUCAAUGCAACACCACUGGGUCGGGCCGACCCGUGUUUGACCCGACCCAGUCAUCGACGUACUUGCCCAUCAACUGCUCAUCGCCCGCAUGCACGACCCAAACCCGAGAUUUCCCCAUCCCCACAUCCUGUGACUCCAAUAAACACUGCCAUGCCACGCUGUCCUACGCGGACGCCACGUCGUCAGAAGGAAAUUUAGCGUCGGAUACGUUCAACAUCGGGGCGUCUGGUAUGCCGGGCACGAUAUUCGGGUGCAUGGAUUCUGGUUCAACUAGUAACUCCGGUGAGGAUAACAAGACAACUGGGCUAAUAGGCAUGAACCGCGGACCUCUAUCUUUCGUGUCGCAAAUGAAUUUUUCAAAAUUUUCGUACUGCAUCCCCGGUUCGGAUCAUCUAGGAGUUUUAGUAUUUAGCGAUGCAAAUUCAACUUGGCUAAAGUCACUAAAUUACACUCCUCUUGUUCAAAUCCCAAACUCCUUGCCAUAUUUUGAUAGGUCAGCUUACACUGUCCAGCUUCGAGGUUUCAAAGUGUCCGAAGAAAUAAUUGCACUCCCAAACUCCAUACUCAAACCGGAUCACACUGGCGCGGGUCAAACCAUGAUAGACUCGGGUACCCAGUUCACUUUCCUUCUUGGCCCGGCUUACAGUGCAGUCAAGAAUGAGUUCUUGAACCAGACAAAGGGAAAUUUAAGGGAGUUGAAUGACCCAGAUUAUGCUUUUCAGGGAGCUAUGGAUUUGUGUUACUUGGUACCAUUAAACCAAACAAAUCUUCCGGUAUUGCCUAGCAUUACCAUCAUGUUUGACGGCGCUGAAAUGAAUAUUUCGGGUGAUAAAUUAUUGUAUCCUGUCCCGGGGGAGGUCCGUGACAACUGUUCAGUUUAUUGUUUUACAUUUGGAAAUUCCGAUUUGUUGGGCGUUGAAGCGUAUAUAAUUGGCCACCAUCACCAGCAAAAUCUGUGGAUGGAAUUUGACCUUGAAAAUUCAAGGGUUGGGAUUGCUCCGAUAGAAUGUGAUAUAGCAAGUCAAAGAAUUCGUUCCUAGCUAGCAUCAGUGCGUGACAUUAUAUAUAUACACAAAGUGUUAUUCUGUUUUGUAAACUUUCUCAUUCUAUUAUAUUUGUAAACUUUUCUCAUUUUAUUCGAAUUUUUAAGAAUCGACUUCUAUUAGAUUGAAAUUUAGGGGUGUA